AUGAUUUGUAAAACCUUUCAAAAAACCGAAAAUAUUAGAGAUAUAGAAUAUCAUUUGCUUGCAAAUGGUUUUAUGCCUAGUUACACUUGUUGGUCAAAGCAUGGGGAAUCACGGGUUGAUGGUGCCACGACAUCGGUUAAUUUAGACAAUGAGGAAUAUGAAAAUUUCCAAUACGAGGACAAUUUAAAUGAUGACGAUUUAAAUGAGGACAUUUCAAAUGAUAACAAUUUAGAUGACAUGUUUAAUGAUUUAGAGAAUGAUAUCGGCGAUAAAGGAAAAUUACAACAAUUACUUGAAGAUGCAGAUAAACCAUUAUAUAGCGAUUCUAAUAUUUCAAAACUUGAAGCUGUGUUAAAGUUGUUUAACUUGAAGGCAAAAAAUAGAUGGAGUGAUACAAGUUUCACAGAUCUAUUAGUUGUUUUGCAAGACAUUCUUCCAAAAGAUAAUGAGUUACCAAUUUCGUUUUACCAAGCAAAAAAAAUGAUGAAUCCAAUGGGAUUGGAAGUUGAAAGAAUACAUGCAUGUCCGAAUGAUUGCAUCUUGUAUAGAAAUGAGUACAAGAACAGUCAUAAAUGUGUUAUGUGUGGUGAAUCUAGGUACAAGCGAAAAAGUAAAACUGGUGAAUACGAUAACGAUGUGACAAAAAAUGGACCACCAGCUAAAUUAAUAUGGUAUUUUCCAAUUCUACCGAGACUAAAACGAUUAUUUUCAAACGAGAAAGAAGCAAAAUUAUUACGAUGGCAUUCAGACGAGCGUAUAAAUGAUGGGAAAUUAAGACAUGUGGCAGAUUCACUUCAAUGGAAGAAUUUUGAUAGGAAAUAUCCAGAAUUUAGUAAUGAGGUUAGAAACAUAAGGUUUGGGCUUAGUUCUGAUGGAAUCAAUCCUUUCAGAAAUGCUAGCAGUCGUCACAGUACGUGGCCGGUUCUUCUUUGCAUUUAUAAUCUUCCACCAUGGCUAUGCAUGAAACGAAAAUACAUAAUGAUGUCGUUGUUGAUUCCGGGUCCGAAACAACCUGGUAAUAAGAUUGAUGUUUAUCUGUCCCCUUUGAUCGAUGAUCUAAAUCUUCUAUGGAAUACUGGUGAAAAUGUGUAUGAUGCUUAUAAGAAGGAAUAUUUUAGAUUGAGUGCCAUGAUUUUUUGCACCAUAAAUGAUUUCCCAGCGUAUGGUAAUUUGUCCGGAUACACUACCAAAGGUAAAAAAGCUUGUCCAGUUUGUGAAGCCGAUACAAGUUCGGUGUAUUUAAACAACUGCAGAAAGAUGGUAUACAUGGGACACCGAAGAUUCCUUCCGCAGGGUCAUAGUUAUCGGAAUAACAUGACGAACUUUAAUGGAAAUACCGAGACUGGAAAAGCACCGAAGAGUUUUGAUGCAUUUUCACGAGUUAAAAAUCUAGAUACUGUUUUGGGAAAAAGAACUCGUGUUGAUAAAGAUGGCAUUUGGAAAAAAAGGUCAAUCUUUUGGGACUUACCAUAUUGGAGGCAUUUACAAGUUAGACAUUGUCUAGAUGUUAUGCAUAUUGAAAAGAAUGUAUGUGAUAGCCUGAUCGGCUUAUUAUUAGACAUUCCUGGAAAAACUAAAGAUGGUAUCAAUGCUCGUAAAGACAUGGAAGAAAUGGGUAUACGUAAAGAGCUUGCCCCCCAAGAAAAAGGUAAUCGUAUUUAUCUGCCACCUGCGUGUUAUACAAUGUCAAAGGCAGAGAAAACAAAGUUUUGUAAUUGUUUACAUGAUAUUAAAGUUCCAUCUUGCUAUUCUGCAAACAUUAAAAGGUUGGUGUCGUUGAAAGACCGUAAACUAAUUGGUAUGAAGUCUCAUGAUUGUCAUGUUUUGAUGACACAUAUGAUUCCUAUUGCUAUCCGUGGAUUGUUACCAGAGAGCACACGACACACAAUCACAAAACUUUGUUUGUUUUUUAACAUGAUUCACUCAAAAGUUAUUGAUCCCGAGGAACUAGAUGUAUGGCAAAAAGAAAUUACCAUCACACUAUGUGAGCUAGAGAUGUACUUCCCGCCGUCCUUUUUUGAUGUUAUGGUUCACCUGGUGAUUCACAUCGUUGGAGAAAUCAAGGCUUGUGGUCCUGUAUUUUUGCGUUAUAUGUACCCUUUUGAAAGAUAUAUGGGUGUCUUAAAAUCUUUUGUAAGAAAUUAUAAUCGGCCUGAUGGAAGUAUUGUUACAGGAUAUGCUUACGAGGAGGUGAUUGAAUUUUGUACAAGUUAUUUGGAAGGUGUCAAAAGUAUUGGUCACCCACAAUCUCGUCACUCCGGUAAACUACAAGGGGUAGGAGGCGUGGGUAUGAAAAUAUUGAACCCAAGUAAGGAAGAUUUAGAACUUGCACAUUUUUCUGUCUUAAAUCAUAUGACUUGUCUUGCUCCGUAUGUUAAUGAACACUUGAAGUUAAUACAAUCAACCUACCCACACAAGAGCAAAAUGUGGCAUGAAAUUAAGCAUAACAAAGAGUUUUCUUCAUGGAUGAAAAAAAAGGUAACUGAUGGUCAAUCAAUUGUUGAAACACUUGUGGAACAAUUGGGGCAAGGUCCGGACUAUAGAGUAAAAUCUUACCAAGGGUAUGACAUCAAUGGGUAUACGUUUUACACAAAAGAUCAAGACGGGAAAAGUACAAUGCAGAACAGCGGGGUUACAGUAAUAGCAUCAACCAGUAGAUACGAUAGGACGAAUCCUAAUGUAAGGUUAGAAAUCGCCAAAGAGUCUUAUUACGGUGUCAUCCAAGAAAUUUGGGAGCUAAAAUACAGCAUUUACACUAUUCCUGUGUUCAAAUGCAAGUGGGUGAACAACAGUACAGGUGUUCAAGUUGACAAAUAUGGCUUUACACUUGUUGACCUUGCAACAAAUGGCUAUCCAUCUGAACCAUUUAUUCUCGCUUCACAUUGCACACAAGUGUUCUAUGUAAAUGACCCGAGUAAACGAAGAUACCACAUCGUAUUACAAGGCAAACGACGUAUCCUUGGUGUUGAUAAUGUCGUCGACGAGGAAGAAUACGACCAUUUUGACGACCUACCGCCAUUUUCUGUUGGUAUUCAACCGUUAGUUGAGCCAAUUAGGGGCGCCACCUACUCACGAUCCGACCACACCGAUGGGAUGAUUUUGAAUCAAGACGUGGAAGUGGACGUGGCUCGAGUAUACGGGAUAGAAUAG